UUUGAUUUCAUCAAUCCUUCAGUAGCUUCAAGUACUUAGGAUUCUUCUUCCACUCCUCAAACAACAUGGUAUGUUUUCUCAGUGUUCAAAAUGUUCUCUUUUCUUGCAAUAAUGAAGACUAAUAUGACAUGUUUCUUAAUUGUCGCAGGAUGUAGAGAAUGUUAUUCAGUCAUCAUCAACAAGCAAAAAAGGUGGAUUCAGGGCUUGUACAUUUGUGUUAGGUGAGACUUUCGAAAUUACAUGGCGUUAUGAUACAUGAAGAAAGACACGAAAAUUUGUUUAAUCUUUGUUCAUGUGUGUUUUUGUGCAGCUUUGACAGCUCUGGAGAACAUUGGUUUUGUGGCGAAUUUAUCAUCACUAGUUUUGUACUUCCAUUUUGUGAUGCAAUUUGACCUCUCUGCAUCUGCAAACACACUCACAAAUUUCCUUGGAUCAACUUUCUUGUUGACGAUUUUCGGUGGUUUGAUAUCGGAUUCUUUCUUGAAUAGGCUCUACAUCUGCUUAAUGUUUGGAUUCUUGGAAGUAAUGGGGUUGCUUUUGCUCUUCAUACAAGCCUAUUCAAAGAAGUUACAUCCUGAUCCCUGCAGCAAAUCAAGCUGCUUGAAAGGAGGUGAUGCUGUCAUGUUUUACUGUACCUUAAUCCUUCUCGCAUUAGGUGCUGGUGGUGUUAAGGGAUCCACGGCGGCUCUUGGCGCCGAUCAGUUCGACCAAAAAGACGAAAAAGAGGCCAAGGCAUUAGCUAGCUAUUUCAACUCAUAUCAGUUCAGUAUUACUGUGGGAUCAGUAAUAGGAGUUACAAUUGUUAUCUGGGUAGCUAUGAACAAAGACUGGUACUGGGGAUAUUUGAUAAGUUUGAUCACGGCUUUCAUCGGGUUCGUGAUUCUCGCGAUCGGGAAGCCUUUCUACCGUUUGCAACCCCCAGGCACCAGCCCCAUUAUUAAGAUUGCUCAGGUUGUAGUCGCUGCAAUCCGAAACAGGCAUGUGCCGGUUCCACAAAAUGCUGAUGAACUAUAUGAGACAGAAGAUAAAGAAGCCAUUGCACACACAAGCCAAUUCAGGUUGCUCGACAAAGCUGCCAGUGUUCGACGAGGUGUGGAUCCUCUGCCCUGGAGAAUAUGCACGGUUACACAAGUAGAAGAAGUAAAGAUUUUGAUAAGGAUGCUUCCAAUCAUAUUCAGCACAAUUAUAAUGAACACAUGUAUGGCACAGAUGCAAACAUACUCAGUUCUUCAGGGAUAUUUCAUGAACACACACAUAGGAUCUUUCAAGGUUCCUUCAGCUUCAAUCCCUGUAAUUCCCCUGCUUUUCAUGGCAAUCCUUCUACCUAUCUAUGAGUUCUUCUUCGUCCCACUUGCGCGAAAAGUCACCGGCCUUCCAUCGGGUAUCACGCAGCUUCAGCGUGUCGGUAUAGGCCUUGUACUCUCCUUCAUCUCAAUGAGCAUAGCAGGAGCGGUGGAAGUGAAAAGAAGGCAUCAAUCACUGAAAAAUCCAUUCAAGCCAAUCAGCCUCUUUUGGCUCUCGUUCCAAUACGGCAUCUUUGGGGUCGCGGACAUGUUCACCGUGAUUGGACUAAUGGAAUUCUUUUACAGGGAAGCUCCCAAAUGGAUGAGAUCUCUCUCGACUUCCUUCGCGCUCCUAUCGCUAUCCUUCGGGUACUUCUUGAGCACCAUCUUUGUCAAUGUUGUCAACUCUGUCACCAAGAAAGUUACACCAAGCAAACGAGGAUGGUUGGAGGCACCAGACUUGAACCAUAAUAGGCUGGAACUUUUCUACUGGUUUUUAGCCAUUUUGAGUUUUCUCAACUUCCUUAACUACCUCUUCUGGGCAUCAUGGUACAAGUACAAAACUGAUGCAAGUGAUGCUGCUGCAACAGCACAGGCCAAAUCUGCAGGAAUCCGAUCGGCCGUUUUGCCUGCUGAUGAAGAUUGAGCUAUGUUCAAUACAUUAGUUCUUGAUUGUCUCAGUUUCUUUUGUUUAAGUUUCAAAUGAUUGUUUUUAGGAGACAGUCAGGUUCGUUGAGCAAGAAUUCUUUGGGCUAUGCAAUAAAGUAAAUGUACUUGUAUUGUUGUUCAUAUCUUUUUUCUGUUGCACAGAAGAUGUAGUUAUGUGGAAGUGUAAUGUAAACAACCAUUAGAUCUAUUCAAAAAGGUUUAGGCUUCUGGUUAAUCAAUUUGGAGCCUAUUACCUACAUUUUAUUCAAUUUGGU